UAGUACACGUUUCUCUAUCGGGUCCAAUAUUUUGCCUGUUAGCUCGUGCGCGAGUGUACAGUACAGAGUGUAUCCCCAAGUUUUUCAAUUACUUUAGCCCUGCGUACUAAUUAAAGUCUAUGUCUAACUGAAAACGUGAACUCAAGUCAAGAGACAUGGUUCGGUCCAAGCAUGGCUACCCGAGUAAACAGGGGUUAUACUCUCCGGAUCUCGAAAAAGAAGCUUGUGGUGUUGGAUUUGUGGCAAAGAUAAAUGGAGAAAGAAGUUACCAGGUGUUGUCUGAAGCACUUACAGUGCUGGAACGGAUGAAACACAGAGGUGCUGUUGGGUGUGAAGAGAGCUGUGGAGAUGGUGCCGGUGUCAUGACAGGAAUUCCACAUGCUUUCUAUGAACAAGUUAUACAAGAAAACAAACUUGGAUUCACAUUGCCCAUAGCUGGUGAUUAUGCAACUGGAAUUUUCUUUAUUGAUACAGAUCCUAACAAGGCCAAAGUAUGUGAAGACAUGUUUUCAGGACUUGCUAAGGAAUGCCAAAUUGAGGUCCUCGGUUGGCGGGAUGUGCCAUUUGACAACAGCAUGAUUGGAAAAACUGCAGUUGAAAGCCAGCCACUAAUCAGACAGGUGUUUGUGACAAGUUCACUUGACCAAGAAACAUUUAAAAAGCAGGUUUAUCUCUUGAGAAAAAUGGCUACAAAUAGAAUUGGCACAAAAAACCGGCGGUUCUACAUCUGUAGUUUAUCCUGUGACACCGUUGUUUACAAGGGAAUGUUAAAGCCAGACCAACUCCAAGGAUUCUAUUUAGAUCUGCAGUGUAAAGAUUAUCGGACCCAUUUUGCUUUGGUUCAUGGAAGAUUUUCCACAAACACAUUCCCCAGCUGGGAGAGGGCUCAUCCAAACAGAUAUCUAGCUCACAAUGGAGAGAUCAACACAAUAAGAGGAAACAUCAACAACAUGAACACAAGAGAAGGAACCAUGGUUAGCAAGUACUUUGGCAGCAACACCCAAAAGCUAUUUCCUGUAAUAGAAGCAGACUUGUCAGACUCAGGAAAUGUGGAUAACGUUUUGGAACUUCUUGUCAUGGCUGGAGGACGUUCCCUCCCAGAGGCUGUUAUGACUAUGGUUCCUGAAGCAUGGCAAGGCAACAGUUUAAUGAAUACAGAAAAACAGGAUUUUUAUCGCUGGAUUUCCUGUAUGAUGGAGGCAUGGGAUGGACCUGCUUUGUUUACAUUUUCUGAUGGACGAUACAUUGGGGCUAUCCUGGACAGGAAUGGACUGCGCCCAUCAAGAUACUAUGUGACUAAACAAGGCUUCAUGGUCAUGGCAAGUGAAGUUGGAGUCAGUACAUUCCCUGAUCAAGAAAUUGUACAGAAGGGUCGUUUGCAACCUGGAAGAAUGCUUCUAGUGGACACAGAGUUGGGGUCUAUUGUGGAGGAUCAUGAGCUGAAACACAGAAUGGCCAGUCUGCGACCUUGCGGUGAGCUGCUGAAAAAGAAUGUGCGAACUUUGGAAGAUAUUCACCAAGCCUACCAAGCUUCAAAGAAUCUUUCUGCAGACAAAGUGCCUUUGAUCCAGCCAUCCUCACAGAAUGAGUUAAUCCACAGAGACAAAAGACUGCCAAUGUUUGGUUAUUCCUUGGAAGAUCUGAACAUCCUAAUUCUGCCAAUGGUUAAAAACAAGAAAGAGGCUCUUGGUUCCAUGGGUAAUGAUGCACCCUUGUCCUGCUUGACAAUGCACCCACAGUUGGUAUUUGAUUACUUUAAACAACUCUUUGCGCAGGUGACAAAUCCUCCAAUUGAUCCAAUUCGUGAGAAAAUUGUCAUGUCACUGGCAUACCCAGUUGGACCUGAGCCAAAUCUUCUUGACCCUGAUGUUUCAGACUGUCCACGUGUGUAUUUAGAACACCCAAUACUUUCUAAUGCUGAUGUGCAGGCAAUUAAAGAAAGUGGUCUAUCCUGGUGUAAGACACAGACCAUUGACAUGGUGUACCCUGUAAAAGAUGGAGUGAAUGGUCUUGUUCCAUCACUUGAUAGAAUUUGUAAAGAGGCAUCUGAAGCUGUGGAAAAUGGAUGUGCUUUUCUUGUGUUAUCUGAUAGAGCUGCUGGAAGGGAACAUGUACCUAUGAGUUCAUUACUGUCAUUGGGGGCAGUUCAUCAUCAUCUCAUCAGAAUGAAGCAAAGGUCACAGGUUGGACUGAUUGUUGAGUCAGCAGAGAUAAGGGAAAUCCAUCACUUCUGUGUUCUGCUGGGUUAUGGUGCUGAUGGAAUUUCCCCAUACUUGGUUUUCGAGACUGUUGUAAAUCAGCGACAGCAAGGUAUGCUGGAUCCUCCUCUGUCAGAUAAGGAAAUAGUUGAGAACUAUACUUUUGCUGUGAAAAAAGGUAUAGCAAAGGUCAUGGCAAAAAUGGGGAUUUCCACUUUACACAGUUACAAGGGUGCACAAAUAUUUGAAGCUGUUGGGCUUGCAGAGGAGGUGGUAGAUAAGUGCUUUGCAGGAACUGCAUCAAGAUUGAGUGGAGUGACAUUUGAAAUGUUAGCACAAGAGGCAUUGGACAAGCACAGUAUUGCAUUUUCUGAUCGAGAAUGUGACAAUGUCCUCGUCAACAACAAGGGUGAGUACCACUGGCGGUUGGGAGGAGAAAAGCAUAUCAAUGAUCCUAGAUGCAUUGCAAACCUACAGGAUGCUGUAAGAAUGAAAAGCCAACCUGCCUAUCAAAAGUACAGCGAGACGUCCAUUGAAGUGGUACGUUCUUGCACCCUCCGAGGACAGCUGCAGAUUAAAUUUGCCAAGAAACCUCUGGACAUCUCAGAAGUUGAACCAGCUUCAGAGAUUGUCAAGAGAUUUGCAACAGGUGCCAUGAGUUUUGGUUCCAUUUCAUAUGAAACCCACACAACUCUUGCUACAGCUAUGAACAAAAUGGGCGGUAAAAGCAACACAGGUGAAGGUGGUGAGGAUCCAGUGAGAGGAAGUGAUAACAACACCAGAUCUGCCAUCAGGCAAGUGGCUUCUGGAAGAUUUGGAGUGAAUGCAUGGUACCUUGCAAUGGCAGAAGACCUGCAGAUCAAGAUGGCACAGGGAGCUAAGCCAGGUGAAGGUGGAGAAUUGCCAGGAUACAAGGUCUCCAAGCAUAUUGCUCAGACUCGCAAGUCUGUCCCUGGAGUUGGUUUGAUCAGCCCUCCACCUCACCAUGAUAUCUACUCUAUUGAAGAUUUGGCAGAGCUUAUUUACAACCUAAAAUGCUCCAAUCCUCAUGCUAGAGUCAGUGUGAAACUGGUAUCUGAAGUGGGCGUGGGUGUUAUUGCUGCUGGAGUUGCAAAGGGCCACUCUGAACACAUUGUUAUUUCUGGUCAUGAUGGUGGUACUGGAGCAAGCACAUGGUCAGGCAUCAAGCAUGCUGGGUUGCCAUGGGAACUUGGCCUCUCUGAAACCCAUCAAACACUUGUGCUGAACAAUCUGCGCCGAAGAGUCAUACUUCAAGUUGAUGGGCAGCUCAGGACUGGGCGUGAUGUGGUAGUCGGUGCUCUGUUGGGUGCUGAUGAGUUUGGAUUUUCUACUGCUCCACUCAUUGCUAUGGGUUGUACCAUGAUGAGAAAGUGCCACUUGAAUACAUGUCCUGUUGGAAUUGCCACUCAUUGUUGGACUUUAGUGCAAUCCUUAUGCCCGGUAAUGAGUUGAACCCUGGAGAUCACUUGGGAGGAAGUGAGCCUCAAAAUCACAAGCUGGAGCUACGCAAGGACAACCAGCUCAUUGAGGCUGCUAAAGACAUUCUAAACGGCGCUUCAAAACAUUUGCGUCUUGAUGUUCCUGUAAUGAACAUGGACCGAGCUUUUGGAACCACUCUCAGUUACCACAUUGCAAAGAAAUUUGGCGAGAGAGGUCUCCCUGAUGGCACAAUACACAUCAAAACCCGAGGCUCUGCAGGUCAAAGUUUUGGUGCUUUCCUUUCUCCUGGUUUAACACUGGAACAUGAAGGUGAUUCAAAUGACUAUGUGGGCAAGGGUUUAGCCGGAGGCAAGAUAAUAGUAUAUCCAAGCAGUAAACGUCCUGAGAACUUCAAAGCCGAAGAAAACAUUAUUGUGGGAAACGUUUGCUUCUACGGUGCCACUGCCGGAAAGGCCUUUAUAAGUGGUGUUGCUGCCGAGCGAUUUUGUGUCCGGAAUUCUGGAGUGACAGCAGUUGUGGAGGGUGUUGGUGAUCAUGGCUGUGAGUACAUGACUGGAGGUGUUGCAGUUGUUCUUGGUGACACUGGUCGAAACUUUGCUGCUGGAAUGUCAGGAGGAAUUGCUUUUGUACUUGACAGAAAGAAGGUCUUCUCCACAUUGUGUAACCAGGAGAUAGUUGACCUGGAGCCUGUUGUAGGAGCAGAUGCCGAACUGGUCAGGGGACUGGUGCGUGAGCAUCAUCAGCUGACUGGUUCGUCGGUGGCCGAACGUCUUCUGGAAGACUGGGAAAGCUCGUUGAAGAUGUUUGUGAAGGUGAUGCCUCGUGACUUCAAAAGAGCUCUGGAACAAUUAAAAGAGGAGGAAGCUGAGAAACUCAAGAACGAAAAUCGCAUGGAAGAGAACGGCGAGAAUGCAAAUGGAGAGAAGACAAACGGAGAAAAAACAAAUGGAGAGAAGACAAACGGAGAAAAAACGAACGGAGAGAAAACAAAUGGAGAAAAAAUGAAUGAAGAUAUGUCAAAUGGUGUUAAGCAAGAAGAUUCACCUCCCCCAGUGAAGAAAUCAGCAGAGCAGAAUUUAGUUGAUAUAGAAGAGGCCAUCUCUGAUACAACCAACGAUCAGAAGAUUAUCGACAGAGUGCUGGACAAAACCAGAGGGUUCGUGAAGUACUCCAGAAGCAAAGUGAAGUACCGCUCCCCCAGACAGCGAAUGAAGGAUUGGAACGAGAUUUACUACAACAAAGGGAAAUCGGAACUAAAAGUACAAGCUGCCAGGUGUAUGGAGUGUGGCGUGCCUUUCUGUCAGUCUCACACUGGGUGUCCUCUCGGAAACAUCAUCCCAAGAUGGAACGACUUGGUUUUCCAGGACAAAUGGAAGGAGGCCUUAGACCGACUUUUGCUCACCAACAACUUUCCAGAAUUUACUGGAAGGGUCUGCCCCGCGCCCUGCGAGGGCGCUUGUGUACUGGGAAUCAAUGCAGAGCCAGUGACAAUCAAGAAAAUCGAGUGCACCAUCAUUGACUAUGGAUUUGAACAAGGAUGGAUUACACCACAGAUUCCAGUUCGUCGAACUGGGAAGAAGGUCGCUAUUGUAGGAAGUGGACCCUCAGGAUUAGCAGCCGCGGCACAACUAAACAAGGCUGGGCACUCGGUAACAGUUUACGAGAGAAACGACAGAUGUGGAGGUCUGUUGAUGUACGGUGUACCACCCAUGAAGCUAAGUAAAAAGAUUGUGCAACGUCGCCUGGACCUGAUGGCAGCUGAGGGAAUCAAGUUUGUUAAUAACGUGGAGAUUGGAAAGAAUAUGGAUGCGCAACAACUGUUACAAGAAAACGACGCUGUUCUGCUGGCUGUGGGCUCUACAUGUCCACGUGACAUUCCACUCCCAGGACGUGAUUUGGAAGGAAUCCAUUUUGCCAUGCAGUUUUUGGAAACAUGCCAAAAGAGGCUCAUGGGAAACUAUAACCUGCCAUCCCUUGAUGCCACUGGACUUGAUGUUGUUAUUAUUGGUGGAGGAGAUACUGGGGUAGAUUGCAUUGGAACUUCCCUCAGACAGAAUGCUAAGAGCAUCACAAAUUUCGAAGUGUUGGGCCAGCCUCCCAAGAGUAGAACUUCCACCAACCCAUGGCCUCUCUGGCCACGAGUGUUCAGAGUGGAAUAUGGCCAUGAAGAGGCCUCUCUCAAAUAUGGUGCAGAUCCUCGUGUCUUCAGUAUCAUGAGCAAGGAAUUCAUGGGAGACGAGCAAGGCCACGUUAAGGGAAUUAAAACAGUUCAGAUCAAGUGGGUUCAGGAUGUUACUGGAAGGUGGACAAUGGAGGAAAUACCUAACUCGGAAAAAGUGUUCCCAGCGGAUAAAGUGAUCAUUGCAGCGGGAUUUUUAGGUCCCGAAAAAACAUUGGCGGAACAGUUUGGGAUAAAGAAGGAUCCCAGAAGCAAUUUUGCCACCGAAAAGAACAAGUUUCUGACCAGUGUUCCCAAAGUCUAUGCUGCAGGAGAUUGUCACCGUGGUCAGUCACUGAUUGUGACAGCCAUAUCUGAAGGACGACAAGCGGCUCGUCAAAUUGACCUUGAUUUGAUGGGUGAAACCUCAUUGGCGGGUCCGGGGGGACAGAUACAUGUUAUUCAACCCCGCCCCUCUGGAAUUAAAGCGUCUGCUUAAAAAAAGUUUGACAAAAAUCGCCCAGCAAUUCCUUGCAUGUUGCUGUCACCUAAGCAAGGUUGCAACGGGCUGUUUUUACCCUCUAAACAGAUUGUCCUUUUAACGUAAUUUAGUUUAAAAUUUAUCACGAAAAUAAUUUAUCUCUUUCGAAUUCGAGCAGGAGGUUUUCAAUUUAGAUUUUAACGUGUUAGAGAAAAAGUGUUCGUAGAUUGAAGAAUAAAAAAGUGAGAAAACGUAAAAAAAGUUCUUUACUUAAUGUCGAAGCCAAGAGGACAUUUAUGUCCUUGGUACUGGGAUAUUUAUUUAUGUUAUCUACGCGCCAAUAUUAUCAAUGUUAUUAAUUUAUUUUCUCAAUGAAUGUCACGUAAUAUUAAUAUAUAAAUGUGUUUGAGGCUUAAGACGAAUAAGUUAUUAAUCAUAAAAGUUUUAUGUGUUAGGUCUCGGUUUAAAUUAACUUUUUAUCUUAAUAAAUGAACGGUAUGUGCUUCCAUUUGUGUAAUAGUACAAAUUUUAGUACCUCUCAGAUUAUGAAAGUGUUGGUAGUUAGAGGAACACAGAAUGUUCCGUGGUUUUUUAAAAGUAUUCUUAGAAGUGCUCCGGUGAAGUAAACUGACUGACGUACCUUAAUUUAAUUGUGCCAUUAUGUCGAGGAGCUUCUUAAAAGGGAUUUGGAAUAAAUUUAGGCAGAAAUGGUG